AUGUCGAGAGCUCAGGCAGAGAGUGUCAUCAAGAACAUCAUCCGAGAGAUCGCCCAAGAAUGUGCCAGCAAAGGGCAAGCCGUCUCAGAAACCUUGGUAGCUUUCAUGGUCAAGGCCGUUGUCCUGGACCCAUCCAAUGAAUUCAAUGUUGACCGAACGCUUACCAAAGACGAUGUCCAGCGGCUGAUAAAGAUCUGUGUGGAUAGACUUCUUGAUUCCAGAUCCUCUGCUCUGGAUACAGUUAAGAUGCAAGUCUACUUUGAUAUGAACUAUACUUCAAGGGGUGACUUCCUUGAGGAACAUCGACGAGUCUUGGAACAGAGAUUGACCCCUGUCAUCCGUGAGAUCACUGACAGUAGGGCUAGGACUAGAGAUGAACUAGAGAGUCUUUACAGGAAGAUAGUCUCUGCUGUUCUUCUUCGGUCUGGUCUCGGCUCUCCAACGGAUAUAGCUGUGGUCAGAGAGGCUACAGCCGCUCUCCAGAGUGUGUUCCCACAGACUGAGCUUGGAACGUUCAUGUCUCUUGUGAAACGAGAUAAAGAGCGUCAGUUGAUUGAGCUCACUCACAUUGUGACCGGUAUUCGUCUCUUCAACAAGGAAUGUGGCAAAGGAGGGGAGGGCAUCGAUGAUUUGCCAGCUAUCUUAAAUGAGGCUGUUCCGGCUACUACUCAGAAUGUAGAUACAGCCAUCCAGAGAGCAUGUGGCACUGCAUUCAAAUAUACAGCCCUGGUUGAGCGUAUGAUGAGUGGAGAAGUGACUGAUGGUCCCUCAAUCCAGGCUCUGAGAGAUGCUCUUAUCAACGUCAGACAACACGAAGCCUUCUUGAGGAUCAUCUUGAAUGAUGUGAUCAGCUGUGCGCAACAGGUUGAGAUGUUAGAGGCCCAGUUGGGAGCAAGGUUAGAACAGCUUCAGGCUACCGUCCAGUCUAAGACAGCAGUACCUACAGCUCAGGUCUAUCCGCAGUUCAUCAACCUGGCUCACAUCUGGAGCGGGUUCCAGGAUGAGAUGGUACUCCUGAGUGUACUCAGUAACAUCCUGGCCAGCUUGGAACCCUAUAAUAAGAACCAUCGUGAGUUCUUCACACCGGACCUGCUCUCUCCUUUCCUUGAAGGAACAAAGAUCAGAAGUGAUGAAGACAGGAUCAAAGAGACAUUGGGCAAAGAUCAUCGAGUCAGUCCGUCAGACUUCAAGAAUGUGGACUGGUUAUUUCCAGAGACAACCAAGAACUUUGAAAGGCUCCCUCUUCAGUACAAGGGUUACUGUGGUUGGUCCCUGGUUGUGUUUGAUCGUCUGCUCCUACCAGGUAAUCCAGACAUAGGAGUCCUGAGAUACCAGGACCGUUAUUAUGUCUUCUCGUCCAAGCAGGCGGCCUAUGAGUUUGCCAGCGAGCCUCAGAGAUACAUCGCCUACGUGGCUGAGUGUGCAAAGAAAUCCCCUCAGCUGAUACAGCUACUAGAGCUCCAUGCUCAGUUUGCUACCAUCACACCUUACACACAGGGCAAAGACCAGGGUCAGAUGAUUGAGAAACCUAUCACCAAGUGUGAUAUGGGAAUCCAGACAGAGGUUCAUCCCAUCGAAUCUAACAUUGUCAAGUCCUAUGAGUGGAACGAAUGGGAGCUCAGGCGCAAGGCAAUCAAGCUGGCAAACCUAAGGACAAAGGUUACUCACUCAGCCCAGACCAAUCUGAGUAACAUGAGACGAGAUAAUGUGUCCCAGGUCUACCUACCAAAGGACCAAACCGUCCAAACCUUGAGAGACGAUUACUCCAACGUGCCUAAGCCUCAAACCUUCCUGGCUGGACUCCGUGGUGGUCAGACUAAGACCACGGUCAUGACCAAGAUGGACCUCACACUGGACGUCGACCAGACAUAGAGACUGACCCAUCCCCUCCCAUAACCCACACCCCUCCCCUACUCCUCUCCUCCUCUCUUGCAAUCAUAGUUGUAUGCGAAGGGCUAGAUUUGUUUUAUUUCCUAAUACAGCAUACAUUUUAAAAUCACUUAUUUAACAUUGCUGAUUUAUUUUUUAAUUGAUGAGGCAACUGGUACUAAUUGAAAGGGGUGAAAUGCUAAAGAACUCUUUAAGCUGGUUUUUAAAAAUGACAAGACUGUGACAAUAUGCUCUCUGAUCUCAAACAAACGCCUACUCUCCUGCAGUCUUUUGAUAUUGAUAUUGAUCAGUGAUCUAGACAGUUUAUGUUAUUAAGCACCUUAAGCUUGUUGUAUUUCUCAAAUAUAAGGACGUUCCAUAUUUCAAGGGGAUGGAAGAUCAGUGCAGUAAAUCUGUUUGAAAGAAAAUUUCUUUUUGCACUUAUUGUUAGAACAGAAAUACUGUAGCAGCAGACAUCAUGUCACAGAAAAUGUCAUCAACCCAACAGUGCACAUGAUCUGGCUUUCAAAUUGUGAUUAUAAUAAAUGCAUACACUACAAGCCUAGGAUUGAAUUAUUUAGAAUCUAUUGAUAUUUAAGACAAUGCACAGGCUUGUGUAUUUUGGAAAGACUGAACAAUUGUCCGAUAAAUGAAUGGCCCACAUCUUUUUGUAAUGUUAGGUGCUACCCUCCUAUAUAUAUGGGGACAUAUAUAUCACCAUUUCAACCACUUUAUAUCUGUUUCAUCUUCCGUGUAAUGGCAUAAAAUUAUUCAAAAGAUGAUUUUGGUUUGCUUGCCAACACAGAGAUAUAUGGACAUCAGAAUGUUUGGAGUAUAUACUGCCCUGCAUCUUUAACUUCAAAAACAUUAUUUUAAAGGCACAGAAAUGCUUGACUUGUGUCACACAUACAGAAAUGUCAUAAUUAAACCGGACACAGAACUUAUUUAUUAAUAUGAGCAAGAUCUAAAGUUGUUUGAAUGUGUCCACUGUGUAUGAUAUACGCCAAACGUCUUAUCAAUCAAAAAGUAUUUUUAGCACUUUUUGCAGGGAGGUUGACAUGUAUUAGUGCUCCCAUAGUUUGAUCUAUGCUUUCAAUAUCAAGGUUUAUUGCCGUUUGGUCUACAACCAGUUCGUCCACUUCCCAAUUGGUCUAUUCCCAUACGGUCUACACCCAGCCUGUCUACUAUCCACAUGGUCUAAUCAUCAUUUGGUCUACUUAUCAUUUGGUCUAAUGAUCUUUUAGGCUAAUAGUCAUUUGGUCUAUUGCUCAUUUAGUGUUAUUUCUAGUCGGGUUAAUUUCCUGUUUGUCUAAAGCCCAUUUCGCCUACUAUGAUCAUUAUCAUUUAUGAUUAAGUAAUUAUUUAAAUGAUUAUUAAGCCAAAUGUUUUGUAAACGAACUGGUUAUCGACCAAAUAGCAAUAUGCACCAAUAUCACAACAUUCUGCAGACCUGUUAAAGACAAGGCUUUCAUUUACUGUUAUAUCUUUAUAAUGUUGAACCAAGCUGUCCUUAAAGAUGCUCUGCCGUCCUGUGAAAAAUACUGGUUUACCCAUAACGAUCAUCUGGUGUGUCCUACCGUUGUGCAUUAUCCUGUCCAUUCAAAUUUACUAUGCCGUCCUAUAAUAAAUAUGCACAUACUUUGUACUGCAAAUACCUCUGUCUGUACAUGUAUAGAGUGGUGAAGUGUGACGUCAUCAAAAAUCUAUUUU